UGUGUACUGGCAGCCGCGUUUAACGAGUUCACUUCUAAGGUCAAAUGUGCUUGGUUAAUCGUAAUAAUAAAGGUUCGAGUUAUCGUUUUCAUAACUCGUAUCAGGGCCGGUAAAUCUGAUGAGUAAAAAUUCGCAGGGGCUAUUUCGGGACGAAUGACUGCGAGCGGUAAAACCGUUGAGACUUGAGUGAUUCGGCUGUGGCGUUCGGAGAUUUUCGGGUGUCGAACGACGAGUAGGGACGAGAGAGGGGGGAGACGGACAACGGCCUCGUCUCAACAAUCUGUUGGGCAGCUUCGCCAGAAAACGGUCCAAAAAGUUGAGCUGAAACACGGAGGAGUGAGAGGGGCCAAGCACCGGGUAUUUAAUGCUGGAAGAGGAGGAAAAAUGCAGUAUUGCUCAGUGAACAGGGGGAUCAGGAGUCUUUACAGACGCCCCAAAAGCGCGUUCCAUAACCUCGAACACGGGAUUAGUGAUUAUUUUUAUCGGUUCUCAUCGGUUCGGCGUCGGAACUGCGAAGGAUGUGGCCAUUGAAUAUAUUGUUGGGCGUAUUAGUAGCGAGUUCCUGUCUCGCUGCCCCGCAGAAUGAAAAGGCGCUUACGAGUGCAGACAAGUCUCGGAUCGAUGAUUUGAUCGCCCAAAUUUUCAAGCCCUUCACCGAGGGCGGUGACGAUAAUCUUACUACAGCAGCUCCGACAGCAGCUCCGACAGCAGCUCCGACAGCAGCUCCGCCAACAACUCCGGUCCCUGGAAGCCUCGAAGAUUUAAUUCAACAAGCUUUGGAAGAACAAGAAAGGGCCAAAAAAGCGCAUGAGAAUUCCAGCUCAAAUGACAACAAUUACUCAAAUCAUUCGGUAGUAGCCAAUGACUGCGAAUGCGUUCCGUAUUUCCAGUGCAAAGCCGAUGGAGUCAUUUCCACCGAUGGCGCUGGAAUGAUCGAGAUAAGAGCUGUCAAUCCGUGCGAAGAUCGGUUGGAAGUUUGCUGCAAGCCUCCAAACCGAGUUCCGGUUGACGGUCAAUCAACGCCUCGUCCUAAGCCACGGGACGGUUGCGGGCGACGUAAUUCUGAAGGCAUUGAUCCCCGAAUCUCAGGCGACAGCAACGAAGCACAAUUCGGCGAAUUCCCAUGGAUGCUCGCAAUUUUGAGGAAAAAAAACAAUCCGCAAGAUCCUCGAAAACCUAUGGAAGGUUAUCACUGCGGUGGUUCACUCAUUCACUCUCAGGCAGUUCUCACUGGAGCCCAUUGUGUCAAAGGACUAAAGGCCAGCCAACUCAGAGUUCGCGCCGGAGAAUGGGACACCCAGACAACAAAUGAAUAUUAUCCUCACCAGGAUCGAGACGUCUCGAAAAUUAUCGUCCACGAACAAUUCAAUGAGAAAACGCUUUUCAAUGAUUUUGCCAUUUUGAUUCUCUCGCGAUCUUUCGAUCUUACUGAAAACGUUGAUAAUGUUUGUCUACCCGAACGUGGCGAUCGAUUUGAUUUGUCACGUUGUUUCGCCACUGGCUGGGGCAAGGACGUUUUCGGUCGAGCUGGCCGAUAUCAAGUGGUACUGAGGAAAGUUGAACUUCCAAUCAUACCCCAUACUCAAUGCCAGAACGCUCUCAGGCGUACGAUUCUGGGUCGCUGGUUUAUUCUCGAUGCGAGCUUCAUCUGCGCCGGUGGCGAAGCUGGACAAGAUACGUGCAGGGGCGAUGGUGGCGGUCCUUUGGUUUGCCCCUUGCAGACUGAUCCAACUCGAUACGUUCAAGCAGGUAUAAUAGCAUGGGGAAUUGGAUGUAAUAACGUGACAAUUCCUGGUGUAUACGCGAACGUUGCCGGUGCGCGGGAAUGGAUCGACGACAAAAUGGCGAACAACAAUUUGAAUACUUUUGCGUAUACAUAUUGACGGAAAUUGCACUAAAAGAACUAAGAUUUCCGUGUUCCAGUAUCAACGACAAGAGAAUUCCGUUAGAAUCUAUCGUUAUACAAUUGUCAUUUACAUUUUUAUACGAAACUAAGUUUAAUCGGUCCCAUGAGAAAAUAUCGACGAAAAAUCGAUAUUGAAUGUGACUAUUUGUCACUAAAAGAAUUACUUUCAUUGCUCACCAAUGCACAACCUAUUUACGGUGUGGACAAACAGUUGUCCGAAGAAUAAAGCAAGCGUUGAACCAAA